CCUUAGACCAAAAUUAUUAGAACAUGUCGUUCCCUAAAGUUGCAGCUUUAGCAGCCUUGUUGUGUAUGAUGUUGAGGGGCUCUUUUGCCCAACUCAGUUCUACUUUCUACGACAAAUCUUGUCCUAAUCUUACCGCCGUCGUCCGAGAUACUGUUAGCCAGGCAUUGCAGGGUGAUGUUCGAGCCGGAGCCAAGCUUAUUCGCUUUCAUUUCCACGAUUGUUUUGUCAACGGUUGUGAUGGGUCAGUUUUGCUAGAAAAUCAAGAUGGUGUAGAGAGUGAAUUAGAUGCUCCAGGAAACGAAGGAAUACAAGGCUUUGACAUUGUUGAUAGCAUCAAAACUGCAGUCGAAGCUUCUUGUCCAAACACUGUGUCUUGUGCAGAUAUCUUAGCCAUUUCAGCCCGUGAAUCUGUUGUCUUGACAGGAGGGCCAAGCUGGGUAGUCCAAUUAGGAAGACGAGAUAGCCAAAAUGCAAAUAGAACUGGAGCUGAAAACAACCUCCCAAGCCCUUUUGAAACACUCGAUCAACUUCGAGCAAAAUUUAAUGCAGCUGGGCUCGAUUCUAUUGAUCUUGUCACUUUAUCUGGAGCGCAUACAUUUGGAAGGUCAAGAUGCGUAUUCUUCAGUGGGAGGCUAAACAAUUUCAAUGGCACCGGAAGUCCAGACUCGACUCUUGACCCUACAUUUAGGGAUGCAUUGGUCAUCGCUUGUCCGACCGGCGACGGAAACAACCGCAUCGCACUCGACGUGGCGACACCGGACGCCUUCGACAAUGCAUAUUACGCUGAUUUGGUUACAAACCGUGGGCUUCUCCAAUCGGAUCAAGAGCUGUUCUCAACCGAAGGGGCAGAAACCAUCGAGAUCGUCAACCGUUUUGCCGGCAACCAAUCUGAUUUCUUCGCUCAGUUUGGUCAGUCAAUGAUAAAUAUGGGGAACCUUCAACCGUUACUGGCACCGGCGGGAGAAAUCAGGACCAAUUGUCGACGUGUUAAUCCUACGACUACUACAACUGCUGGUACUGCUGUUAUGUAACUAAUUUAUAUUACCAUAUCGAAACACUUAAUAUGUUUUACGUAACCAACGCUGGCCUUUCUCUUGUUUCUGUCUUUUCUUUUGUGUUCUUCUUUUCUCUUAAUUCUCCCAGGAAAAAAACAAACACAGGUUCUAAUUGGUUUGUGUAAUAAAACAUGCUUUUGUUUGUUUCUCCGCAACAAAGAUGAUUAUCUAUAUGUAUAUGGUUCUUAAUUAUCAAUGUGAGACUUUGUUUAUACUUCUAA